AGCAACUUUCAAAAUGGCGGACGAAGAAGCUAACACAAAUGAGAAUAUUGAACCAAAACAAAAAGAUUUUUACGGAUUCGCCCUGUACACGUACAAUGCACGCAGACCAAGGAGUGCUGAAGUUGAGGAAAAUAAAAACGGCCAAGACAGUGAAGAUGGAGCUGUGUCAAGCAAAAUUGUAGCUGAGGGAUCUGUGUCUGAUUUUCUUCGCAAGGAGGCGACAACUAAUUAUGAUUUUAGUCUAUCUCUUUUGAGCACAAAUUUGUCAGGAGAGCAGGAAACUGAACUAAGAACUUUCAUGGCCAAACGACUUGCCAGAGGAACAGUCUACAGUGGCAAUGGAAACAUCAAUGUACUUGAAAAUGUUUUUCCUGGUGAUUCAGCACUCUGCUAUUACUGUUUGCUGAGAGGUGGAAAGGAAAGUGGUGACAGCAUAGAACAACAAGACAUGGAUUCCCCUGGAUUUGGGAGUUUUCUAUCUAAGGAUUAUGUCAUCUGUCUUGUUUCUGGGAGUGAAAGUGGAUUAGACUUAUUUCAAAAAGAGCUUGAUGAAUACAGCAAAGGGCUUCUACCAUACAUUGACAAAUAUACCGAAUCAUUAGAUGUUCAAGAGAGCUUCAAGCAUCUAGAAUUUUGGUAUGAGGAAAAUGUUGAGUUUGUGUGUCGAUGCACAAGUCUAUUGAAGGAAGACCUGGCUGUUCUCAUAGGGCUGGGCCUUUUAGGUGGAAAUUUAGAGGUGCAGAGUGAUGAUGAAAAGCUUAAAAUGGACCUGAAAAUGUUUGUUGAUGCUUGUAGCAUGGUGAAUGUGUUGGGAACGUCAGUGGAUAUCCCCAUGGAUAUGGAAAACAAGAAACUAUCAAAGUGUUGCACAGCCAUACCUAGCAAAGUCACCUUGAAAGCAGAUGGUGGGGAGUAUGAGUUAAGCAGCAAAGUAAGUACGCGGUUUUGUAGAGAAUGGGCAAAAACCAUGUUGAGUGAAGCAGUGGACAACCCUGUCUUCCUUCGACAAGUGAUUGAGAACUACAAACUGAGGGUAAAUCACGAUUUGAAUACAUUGAAGAGACUCCUGAGACAGGCAGAGACUGAUCAUUAUGCUUUGUAUAGGUCGUAUGUGUUUCUCCUCAAAUGUGGAAAUGGCCCUAUUUUGCUCCGAAACGCCACAUUAGAGGCUCACUCUCUCUGUUCUGACGAUACACUCAAUAUAAUUAAAGUGCUAGAGGAGUACAUUGAGGAGAACGAUAACUUUGGAAUCAAAGCUCUGGCAGAGUGAACAGAAACAAUACAACGAAAUUCAAUUUCCUCUUUUGAGUGCACCUAGUCAGGCCCAGCCCAUCGAAAAUUUAUUCAAUCAAGAAUACUGUUACAAUUUUAAAACGGCUUGUAUUUAAUAUAUAUAUAUAUAUGUAUAUGUACUGUGGGAUUACGG